AGGGAGGGGGCAGCGCGCGCCGCCCGCCCGUCCGCCCGCCCGCCCGUCGUGGUUUCCUGGCUGCGCGCGGCGGCGGCGGCGGCGGAGCCGGAGCAGGAGGAGCAGCAGCAGCAGCAGCGAAGAUGGCGGAGGGGCUGGAGCGCGUCCGGGUCUCAGCGGCCGAGCUGCGGGGGAUCCUGGCCACCCUGGCCCCGCAGGCGGGCGCGCGAGAAAACAUGAAGGAGCUGAAGGAGCCCAGGCAGCGUAAAGAUAAUCGGCGCCCAGAUCUGGAAAUCUACAAGCCUGGUCUUUCCCGACUGAGGAACAAACCCAAAAUCAAGGAGCCUUCAGGGACUGAGGAAUUCAGGGAUGAAGCUGCCAAUGACAGAGGUACCUCUGCUUUGGAAAAUGGAACCCAGGCCAUUCGAGAUCUCUGCAAGGGGGUGGACGGCCAACAGCAAAAUGGCCCUGCAGACACAGAAAGGAAAGAACCCUUUCAGGGACAGGAGUCUUGUCCUAAAGCCUCAGGCCAGGAUGAUCGGUCUCUCAGAAUUAUUAAGAGAACAAAGAAACCUGAUUUACAGAUCUAUCAACCUGGAAGACGCCUACAGACCAUUGCAAAAGAUCUAGCUGGCCGAGUAGAAGAGAAGGAGGUCCUCAGUCAGGUGGAGCAGCUCAGAGUUGAGGAUGAUGAGCCUGAAAAGGACCCUGGGAAAGAUGGCGCCAAGGCCAAGCCCUCCAGAGAUGAGACUGAGAAGAACCAGAAGGCCAUCAAGGGGGACAAGGGCAAAAAGCCCGAAAGGGGGGAAGGGACAAGGAAAGUCAAUGAUGAUACGCUCCAGGGCAAGCCCAGCUCCGCCAAGCGCUACUCGCGUUCGGACAAGCGGAGGAAUCGCUAUCGCACUUGUAGCACCAGCUCGGCUGGGAGCAACAACAGUGCUGAGGGGACUGGGUUCACUGAUGGAGGUCGGCGCCGGCGGCAAGAUCGGGCCAAAGAGAGGCCUCGUCUGAAGAAGCAGAUGUCUAUGUCUUCAACUGACUCCCUGGAUGAAGACAGAACUGACGAGCCAGACCUCCUGGGACCCAGGAGGAGCUCUGAGAGGAGGAAGCCUUUGGACAGAAGCUGGUCUUGCCAUGGGGAGGGUGAGCGGAGAAGUGAAGGGAAGGAGAACAGAGGUGGCCUUCGAGUCACUUUUGAUGCAGAGAUUGUGAACAAGGAUGUGUCCAUGGUGAGACUGAGCAAGGAAGAUGUGGAUAGACUGAAGGCUGACAAGGCCUCAGGCAGCAUGGGCAAGGCCCCUGAAAAGCAAGAGUCCAAAACCCCAAACCAGGAACUGCGGGGUCGUGGUCGGGGCAUUCUGGUCUUGCCUGCCCACACAGCACUCUCGGUCAAUACAACAGGAUCUCCGGAAUCUACACUUUCGGGAUCAAAGCUUCUCUUUGGAGCUGGUGGGAAGGGAUCUCGGAAUCGGGGCCGGGGAGGCACUUCCCGGCGGCUAUGGGACCCAAACAAUCCCGACCAGAAACCUGCUCUGAAGAGCCAGACCCCUCAGCUUCACUUUCUGGAUACUGAUGAUGAAGUCAGCCCCACUUCUUGGGGUGACUCACGCCAAGCCCAAUCAUCUUACUAUAAGUUUCAAAAUUCUGACAACCCUUACUAUUAUCCCCGGGCACCAGGCCCUGGACCUCAGUAUCCCUACACAGGCUAUGGCCCACUGCAGUAUCCCCUGGGCCCUACAAAUGGGGUGUAUCCAGGGGCUUACUACUCUGGCUACCCUGCUCCAUCUGGACAGUAUGUGUGUGGCCCUCUUCCUGCCAGCUCCUUGAGUCCAGAAGAGAUGGAGCAGCAGGUGAGGGACCUUCAGCAGCAGGAGCUUCAUCGGCUUCUUCGAGUAGCUGACAACCAGGAACUGCAGCUCAGUAACCUGCUCUCCAGGGACCGGAUCAGCCCUGAGGGCUUGGAGAAGAUGGCCCAGCUCAGAGGAGAGCUGGUGCAGCUUUACGAGCGCUGCCUCCUGCUGGACAUCGAGUUCUCCGAUCACCAGAACGUGGACCAGAUCCUGUGGAAGAGUGCUUUCUACCAGGUCAUCGAGAAGUUCAGGCAGCUGCUUAAGGAUCCACAUGCUGAGAACCCAGAGCAGAUUCGGAACAGGCUGCUGGAGCUCCUGGAUGAGGGCACUGGCUUCUUUGAUAGUCUGCUUCAGAAACUGCAGGUUACAUACCAGUUUAAGCUAGAGGACUACAUGGAUGGUCUGGCCAUUCGAAGCAAACCAUUAAGGAAAAUGGUGAAGUAUGCAUUAAUCAGUGCCCAGCGGUGUAUGAUUUGUCAAGGAGACAUUUCCAGGUACCGGGAGCAAGCCAAUGAUACAACCAACUACGGGAAAGCGCGAAGCUGGUACCUGAAGGCUCAGCACAUCGCUCCCAAGAAUGGCCGACCUUAUAAUCAGUUGGCGCUGUUGGCCGUGUAUACGAGGAGGAAGCUUGAUGCUGUGUACUAUUACAUGCGCAGUUUAGCUGCCAGCAACCCUAUCCUUACAGCAAAGGAGAGCCUCAUGAGUUUGUUUGAAGAGACCAAGCGAAAGGCCGAGCAGAUGGAGAAAAAGCAGCAUGAAGAGCUGGAGCGAAGCCCUAACCGAUGGAGGAAAGGCAGGAGGUCAACUUUCCGGCACAUUGGUGAUGACACUACCCGCCUGGAGAUUUGGAUCCACCCUACCCACUCUCGAUCUUCCCAGGGCACUGAGUCUGGGAAAGACUCUGAGCAGGAGAAUGGCCUUGGCAGCUUGAGCCCCAGCGAUCUGAACAAAAGGUUCAUCCUCAGUUUUCUCCAUGCCCAUGGGAAGCUGUUUACCCGGAUUGGGAUGGAGACGUUCCCCGCCGUGGCUGAGAAGGUCCUGAAGGAGUUCCAAGUGUUACUGCAGCACAGCCCUUCUCCCAUUGGAAGUACCCGCAUGCUACAGCUCAUGACCAUCAACAUGUUUGCUGUGCACAACUCCCAGCUCAAAGAUUGUUUCUCAGAGGAAUGCCGCUCGGUGAUCCAGGAACAAGCUACAGCUCUGGGGCUGGCCAUGUUCUCCCUGCUAGUGCGGCGCUGCACCUACUUGCUAAAGGAAUCUGCUAAAGCUCACCCGUCCUCCCACGAGGACGAGGAAGACCAGGAUGAUAUCAAGGUGUCAGCCUUCCUCCCAGACCUGAAAGAACUACUGCCCAGUGUGAAAGUUUGGUCAGACUGGAUGCUUGGUUAUCCGGACACCUGGAACCCUCCCCCCACAUCCCUUGAUCUGCCCACACAGGUCGCCAUGGAUGUGUGGGCGACACUAGCUGAUUUUUGUAACAUACUGACAGCAGUGAAUCAGUCGGAGGUACCAUUGUACAAGGACCCGGACGAUGACCUCACCCUUCUUAUCCUGGAAGAGGAUCGGCUGCUCUCGGGCUUCGUCCCCCUGCUGGCUGCCCCCCAAGACCCCUGCUACGUGGAGAAAACCUCGGACAAGGUUAUUGCAGCCGACUGCAAGAGGGUCACAGUGCUGAAGUAUUUCCUGGAAGCCCUUUGUGGACAAGAAGAGCCUCUGCUGGCAUUCAAGGGUGGAAAAUAUGUGUCAGUGGCGCCCGUCCCAGACACCAUGGGAAAGGAAAUGGGAAGCCAAGAGGGAAAACAACUGGAAGAUCAGGAGGACGAUGUGGUCAUUGAAGAUUUUGAGGAAGAUUCUGAGGCUGAAGGCAGUGGGGGCGAGUAUGACAUCAGACAGCUGCGAGCCAGGAAGCUGGCCCUGGCUAGAAAGAUAGCCGAGCAGCAGCGUCGCCAAGAAAAGAUCCAGGCUGUCUUGGAGGACCAGACUCAGAUGAGGCAGAUGGAGCUAGAGAUCAGACCCCUGUUCCUCGUACCGGACACCAAUGGCUUCAUUGACCACCUGGCCAGCCUGGUACGGCUGCUGGAGAGCAGGAAGUACAUCCUCGUGGUGCCCCUCAUUGUGAUUAAUGAGCUAGAUGGCCUGGCCAAGGGGCAGGAGACAGACCAUCGGGCUGGGGGCUACGCUCGAGUGGUGCAGGAGAAGGCCCGAAAGUCCAUUGAGUUCCUGGAGAGGCGGUUUGAGAGCCGGGACUCUUGCCUACGGGCCCUGACCAGCCGUGGCAAUGAACUUGAAUCCAUUGCCUUUCGCAGUGAGGAUAUCACUGGCCAGCAGGGGAAUAAUGAUGACCUGAUCCUCUCUUGCUGCCUUCACUACUGCAAAGACAAGGCCAAGGACUUCAUGCCUCCCAACAAAGAUGAGCCAAUCCGGCUUCUCCGAGAGGUGGUGCUGCUGACAGAUGACAGAAACCUUCGGGUGAAGGCACUGACAAGAAACGUGCCAGUCCGGGACAUCUCUGCCUUCCUCAAGUGGGCACAGGUGGGGUGAGAAGGCCACGCCGGGCACCGCCCCGAUGGAACCGUUCUCAUGAGGCCGACAGGCGCCACACGUGGCGUGAGAGGAGCCCAAGCGCCCUCGCCACCCACCCCACCCAGACAAUAAACCAUCCUCUUCCAACCCACCACCGUGGCCGUGCUGUGGGGGAGCCAGGACCCUCCUCAGGCAGCAGAGAUUUAGCAGGGAGGCUGGCUGGUGUCACUGAGCUGGGGCCCGCCCUUGGUCUUAGGCCUUCUCCCUUCCCUCCUCUUUCCCUCCUCCACCCUGAUCCAUUGAAGACAGGGGAAGAGCCUCACCCCUGCAGGAACUUGGGUGCUAAGGUGUGCCAGGUUGUUAAGGGUUUGAGUUGGAUGCAGGUGAAUGGGGAUGGAGGACCAAUUAGUCUGGUUCCUUGGCAUUUCCCCAUCCCAAGGUCAUCUUUUCUGUCUGUGCCAUGAUGAGAAAGUGCAGGGUCCCUCCACCUCCUUUGGGCCUUGGCUUCCGACCCAUGCUGCACUUUGGACGCCUCAUUCUACCAGCAACCUGGGUGUUGUCCUUAACCCUGGCUCGCUUCCGAUGUACUGGUCAGACAGACUUUGCUCUUUGUUUCCCCUCCUCUGGGGAGGAGAGGAUGGGGUCUAGACUGGAAGGAAGGUCAGGUUGUUACCUCAGGCUCCUUAACUCGGGUGUCCCAGGAAAGUGUCAUCCAAGCCCUGGCCCGGUCCCUCCUGCUCCUCUCCCUUCUGCUUUCAUGUCUCGUCCUCUCCCAUCGACAUUAGCCCUUACCCUGGUUGUCCCAGGUGCAGGAUCCUGUUCCCUUUCCUCCCUCCCCUUCUUCCUCAUAUCCAUUUGCCUUUGUUUCCCUCUCUUCUCUUUUCCUAACUUCUCACACCAUACUGCAAACUUCUUUCCUUAGCUGUGAGACAUGAAACCAUUUUGUCGUCUGCUCCCAAGUUUUUGUUCUGUGAGCAGACUCGUGUGUAAAGCCUGCCCCGCUUGCUGGGGUGUCAGGAGAGGAUGCCUGCCCAGGCCUGGACAUGUCACCCAUACAGAACCCUCACUUGGGAAGGGUCAGCUUUGUCUCAGGGCAGGGAAAGGGGUGACUAAGGGGCCUUGGGGGAAAGUAGAAUUGGCCCUUAUUGGGGGAGGUGGGGUCCCAGCCUUCUGCAGUUCCUUUAUUAGGCUUCCUGAAGGCAACUCUACAGGCACAGCCAGGACGGAAGGGUUGGGGAGGACAGGAGGGACCAUGGCAGCCCAGCCCACUCACAGGGAGACCACCUCAGUGGUGGGUGGGUGGGGAGGGACAGAGACUGUGGGCUUAGUGCGUUUUCCAGCACACAAGGGUGCUGCUUAAAGCGUGAAGUGCUCCCGGGAUUACCAUAGGCAAGAGAGGGGGGUGUGGGGCUGUUUGGUUAUCUGGAAACCCCCUGCCCCCACGCCCUGGGGCUGAAGCAGAGGGGCCCUCCCCUUUCCAGCCUGCUUUGCAAGGCCGGUUUUGUUGUUUUCUUAAUAAAUUUUUAGUUAUGAAACAU